AUGCCCAACUUCUCCGGCAACUGGAAGAUGAAGAGCUCGGAGAACUUCGAGGAGCUGCUGAAGGCUCUGGGUGUGAACGUGAUGCUGAGGAAGAUCGCGGUGGCGGCGGCGGCCAAGCCGGCGGUGGAGAUCCGGCAGGACGGGGACGGCGACGGCUUCUACAUCCGCACGUCCACCCCCGUGCGCACCACCGAGAUCCGCUUCAGGCUCGGGGAGGAGUUCGAGGAGCAGACGGUGGAUGGGCGGCCCUGCAAGAGCCUGGCCCGGUGGGAGGAUGAGAACAAGAACAAGAUGGUGUGCGAGCAGCGCCUGCUCAAGGGAGACGGGCCCAGGACGGGCUGGUCCCGGGAGAUGAGCAACGACGGGGAGCUCAUCCUGACCAUGACGGCCGAUGACGUUGUGUGCACCCGGGUGUACAUUCGGGAGUGA